GCCUUUUGUGUUGGUCACUUCCCAGUUCUCUUUAUAAAUACGCUGCUCCCUUCACUUCCACACCUCAUCAAGCUGCCUAACCUAAUUAAUUACUCUCUUGUUUACUACUACUACUGCAAAUCAACAAACAAACCACACACAGUCACACACUAGCUAGUAGUACUCGAGCGUACGUAUUGCAUCUCCCCCGCGUUUACCAUCACACACUCUCUCAAUUAUCAUGGCAAACAAAAUUUCCUCUUUGCUCGCGUUUUUUUGUAUCAUCGUUGCCUUCGUCCUACAGUUCAGUUUGAUCAAAGCUGAUUAUGGAGGUUGGCAAGGUGCCCAUGCCACCUUCUACGGUGGCGGCGACGCUUCCGGGACUAUGGGGGGUGCAUGUGGAUAUGGAAACCUGUACAGUCAAGGGUACGGAACGAACACUGCAGCUCUCAGCACGGCGUUGUUCAACAAUGGCUUAACCUGCGGGGCCUGCUAUGAGAUGAGAUGCGACGGCGACCCGAAAUGGUGUCUGGGUGGCACCAUCACAGUCACCGCCACAAACUUUUGCCCGCCAAACUUCGCAUUGCCAAAUGACAAUGGCGGGUGGUGCAAUCCUCCCCGCCAGCACUUCGACCUCGCCGAGCCAGCUUUCUUGCAAAUUGCUCAAUAUCGUGCCGGGAUCGUGCCCGUCGCUUACCGAAGGGUGCCCUGUGCUAAGAAGGGAGGUAUCAGGUUCACCAUCAACGGCCACUCCUUCUUCAACUUGGUUUUGGUCACCAACGUCGCGGGUGCAGGAGAUAUCCAUACGGUUUCGAUCAAAGGGUCGAGGACUGGGUGGCAAACCAUGUCCAGAAAUUGGGGUCAAAAUUGGCAGAGCAACUCUCACCUCAAUGGCCAGAGCCUAUCAAUUAUGGUCACCGCAAGUGACGGUAGAACUGUCACCAGCUACAGCGUGGCCCCUGCUAAUUGGCAGUUUGGUCAGACCUUUGAAGGCGGUCAAUUCUAGAAUUUCACCCUUAAUAAUUAGUAAUAUUAACAUACGGGGAGUUGCACUGCAUUAUUAGUAGUAAAGCAGAAAAAAACUAUACACAAAUAGCAAUGGAUUUUUUGGGACAAGUCCCAGGGCAAGGUUGGAGCAAUGGAUGGUCGGUGGUAGUAAAAGCUGAGGUUGCUAUUCAGCACCCGCUUGGGGUUUCUUCUUUUCCUCUUCCUUUAUUUUUAGUUUUUUUUUUUUGGUGAGUGAGAGAAUUCGCUCUACAGUCUACGAUUAGGCCAAAAUCCGCGAGUCAAUUGGCCUUAUUUGUAUUACUUACUACGUAGUAUGUGCAUUGUAAUUCUGAGAAGAAUUACAAUUAUGUAAACGGGUGGUACUAUAGUCUCUAUUAUGUAAGCGGGUGGUCGUUAACAAGUUCUCGAGUCUCUAUUAAAUAUUAAUUAAUAGUCAAGCCUUUAUUGUUCUAAUGCUA